AUGGAAGACAACAGCUCAGUGGUGGAGGCGCAGAAACCAGAGAAAGAAACCCAGGAGAUAAAAGAUAAAGGAGAUCCCCAGACCAAAUGUGCCCUGGAAAAAGCCUCCCAGGAUAUCGAUGGUUUAUUGUCAAAUCUCUCCACCCAGAACGAGAUCCCCGACUUCGUCGACAAGUAUCUUGAUCUUGCCGAUGACAAAAUAUCUAGCCAUGAAUCGAUUCUUGAAGAUAAUGGAUCCUUUCUUAAACUUGUGAAUCAGAUAUCAGAACUGUACAGGAACCUAUCCGAUUCGGGUUCCAAUCACGGUGCUUUGAUCAACCGCAUUGGUAAGAUCCAACAGCGAGCAAUGUGUUAUUUGGAGGAUGAAUUCAUGUCUCUCAUGGAAGAAUCAAGAACCAAGGAUUCCCAGGCUUCGGAUCAGUCCGGCGAAGAUCAAUCGGCUGAUCAUCAUUCGAACGGUGAACAAAACUAUCCCGGUUAUUCUCAUCAAGUGUUGACCACCUUGAAUAAAAUUGCAAAGGAGAUGAUCUUAGGAGGAUAUGAAUCUGAAUGCUACGAGGCUUACAUGAUUACCAGGAGGAACAUAAUUGAAGAGGCAUUGAACAAGCUUGGAUACGAGAAGAUCAGCAUUGACGACGCUCAAAAGAUGCAAUGGGAAGCAUUGGAAAAGGAGAUUCCUCCAUGGAUCAAGGCCUUCAAACAAUGUAUUAACCUCUACUUCUCUGGAGAGCGUAAGCUGGUCGAAACCGUCUUCUCCGAUUACCUUUCCUUAUCGUCCACCCUCUUCAGCAACCUCGUUAGCCGCGUGUUUAUCCAGCUUCUCAAUUUCGCCGAAGCGGUUGCCACCGUUAAGCGUUCAACGGAGAAACUCUUCAAAUUUCUCGACAUAUACGAGACGUUGCGUGGUAACAUUUCCGCCAUCGACAGCAUGGUAGCUAAAGAAUGUGCUGAGGUACUCUGGAACGAAACGAACAGGACUCGUUGUCGGAUCGGAGAGACCGCCAUUUGCAUCUUCUGUGACCUUGAGAAUGCAAUCCAGUCCGAUACCGGAAAAACCCCAGUUCCCGGCGGAGCGGUUCAUCCCUUGACUCGCUACACCAUGAAUUACGUCAAGUAUGCAUGCGAUGAGUAUAAGCAAACCAUAGAGCAAGUUUUCAAGGACCAUUCCAAGACUGAAAGAGCAAGAAGCAGGCCAAGAAAUUAUUUAGGUGACUCAGAAAAAGACAAGGAAGAAGACGAUCAAUCACCAUUUGUGGGACAAGUGUUGAAAAUACUGGAAUUACUGGAUUCAGCUCUGGAAGCAAAGUCCAAGCUUUACAAAGACACGGCAUUGAGCUGCAUUUUCCUGAUGAACAAUGAGCGUUACAUGUUGCAGAAGAUCAAAGCCUCGGCGGAGCUCCACCAGGCAAUGAGAGACACAUGGUGCCGUAAGACAUCGUCGGAGCUUAGGAACUACCACAAUACAUACAAGAGAGAGACAUGGAUGAAGCUUUUGAGUUGUUUAAACGUGGAAGGAUUGAAUGUGAACGGGAAGGUGGUGAAACCGGUACUGAAAGAGAGGUUCAAGAGCUUCAACGCCAUGUUCGAUGAAAUCCACAAGACUCAAAGCUCGUGGGUGGUGAAUGAUAAGCAGCUGCAAUCGGAGCUAAGGGUUUCAAUAUCGGCGAUAGUGAUACCUGCUUACAGAUCAUUCUUGGCCAGGUUUUCAGGAACAUUGGAUCCUGGAAGACAAACGGAGAAGUACAUAAAGUUCCAGCCUGAUGACAUAGAGGCUUGCAUUGAGGAAUUGUUCGAUGGAAACUCUGGUUUAAUGGCGAGGAAGAAAACAUAAUGAAG